UGAGAUGUAGAUAAAAUGUUAUCUAUGUCCCUGCUACAAACAACAACAUGUGAGAUCCUGGUUAGGGUCCAAGAUGAAGUCAUUCUUACCGCUAUUUGUCUUUGCUGCUGUUAUUAUUGCCGGGAAUGGAAGACUCAUUUUCGAAGACAGAGACAGCAUUGGAGACGGGACAAUACACUAGAUGACGUCAUAUACGAUGCAGAAGACGAUGACGUUUCGUUUGACGUCGAAAACAGAGAUGACGAUAACGUCUUUCCGUAUUUCGACGACCAGCUCGUGGAGGAUUCUUCCGAAGAAGAUAGUUUAGCUGAAGAUGAUGUAUAUGUUAUAAAUGAACUUACCGGAUGCCAUAAUGGUAAAUGUGAGAUGUGUAUGAAAAUGUGGAAAUUGAAAGCAUGCUUUGUCGCGGAAAUGACCUCCAAAGGCAUCAAACUGAGCUUCAAAGCUCAUGGCAGAAGUAUUUCCCAUGUUAUUAAAAGCAAUGGCAGCUUCACCUUGAAAAUGAAGAAAAGCAAACUCCCCAAAUCCAUGAGAAAACUGAUGAAAAGCGAUCUAGAAAUAAGGAUUUCCGGUAUUGACAUCGCUAAGAAGCAACUGUGUGUCCAGCUGAAGGUCAAGGUGAAGUUCUUUGGGACAAUAAAAUGGCCAAAGAAAAGUCCACAAUGCUUCAAGCUGUAGGAAUUCUAGGGUUUCUAAGCUGCACAGAGAAAUCUGCAAUUCAUAAUUUGACGUGAACAUUGCGACAACAGUGACUAUCACAUCCGGUUCUGAUCAACAAAAUUUCCUACUUUAGUUUUGUACAAGACUCUUACGUAAAUUCUAAAUUUAGUUUAAUCUAAACAUGUUUAAACAUGUAUUUUUACUUUCUCUACUCCAUACAUAAAGUCUAAACAUAUAAUAUCAUAUAAAACUGCAAUAAAGAAAGAAAAUUUCA